AUGGCGAGCCCGUCGAGCAGCCUGUGGGGCGCCCUGGGGCAAGCCUCCACCAUGGCGCAGCUGAUGGGCGUGGACGCGCUCGGGCUGGUCUCCAUGGUCGUGCAGGCCGCCCUGGUGGCGCGCCGCCACCGGGAUGCCUGCGUGCGGCUCGCGCAGCACGUGGAGCUCGUUGGCGGCCUGCUCGGGGAGCUGGAGCUCGCCGAGCUGUUGCGUCGGGAGGCCACCAGGCGGCCGCUGGAGCAGCUCGGCGGCGCGCUGCGGCGGUGCUACGCGCUGGUCACGGCGUGCCAGGACUGCGGCUACCUGCGCCGCCUGCUCCUGGGAGCCCGGAUGGCCGAGGAGCUCCGCGCCGCGCAGCAUGAGAUCGACAUGUUCAUCCGCCUCAUCCCGCUCAUCGCCCUCGUCGACAAUUCCACUGCAGAUAGUCGCCGUGUCAAGGUUAGUAAGCAGUAUCAAAAUUGGGGUAACCACUGA